UGUUCUGAAGAGACAGAAAAAGAAAAGCAAAAAAAUAGUGCCAUAAAAAGAGCAAAUUAGAAAGCGGCGCCACCUUUUGAUUUUUGAGUUCUCAAAUUCGCGCAACAAUGGGAGCUCCUCCUCCUUUUUCUACUUGGAUUCCUGAAGAAGACCGUUUGCUUAUUAACGCCGUUAAGGCUGGUGCUUCUUUGGAAUCACUUGCCAAAGGCGCAGUUCAAUUUUCCCGGAGAUUUACCGUUCAAGAAUUGCAAGAUCGAUGGCAUGCUCUUCUAUGUGAUCCAGUUGUUUCUGCUGAAGCAUCAUGUCUCAUGAUGGAGUUUGAGCAUUCUGCUUCGACAACAAAAUCUGACUCUAUUAGAUUUGAGCAGGCAAAAGAAAGUAAAAAGUGUGUUCCUGAGAAGAGAAAAGCUGAGAGCAUACGCUCAUGUUACUGCCCUAUGCAAAAGAGAAUCUGUAACGGCACAUUUGACUCAGUGGAUGCCAAUUAUCUCGGUGGAGCUGGAAAUAAUGACGAUCCUCAGUCCGUGGAUUGCAUGUUUGUAGAUUCACUGAUAGAUAAUUUUGGUAAUCAACAGUCUAAUUUUAAUAUCAUACCUAAUAACGUUCUGGAACAUGGAGCUGGGCAUUCCAUUUAUGCUAGUGACUAUGUAACUGCUCCUUCAGCUUUACCCAUUGAGAAAAAUCAUAAUGGAGAUGUUUCCCUUGGCAGCUUUAGGUUUCAGGAUUUCCCCAAUGGAAUUGAAGAAACUCUUCCCCCUGCUGAGAAUCGCGAAACGAUGGCCGCUGUUGGGGGGUUGUGCCAACCAAAUGAACUGCCAGUUAGUGAAUUAUUUGAAGUAGAGGAUUUAGAAGCUACACUGCUAGCUAUGGCAGGUCAGUUUGAUGAUGAUGUGCUAAAUAUUUCUUCUGGAUAUGAAAGCCAGGUCUUCACCGCCGCAUUUCCUGACAGUGCCUUAUCAUUUCAACUGCCAGAUUUGAGUACAAUUGCAGGUGCUUCUGUCCCAACUCUGCCUGGUUUUGAACAUGCCGAGAAAGAACUGAGCACUGAAAAUACAUUAGUAGUUCCAGUUCACGGUGGGGAAAAUAAAAUGGACACUUCAGGAUAUAGUAUUGUGACUGUUGUCAACUCAUCAUCCAACUUGGAAGACCAAAUCUCAUGUGAUAUUUUGAGAAAUUCGUCCCUUAGUACUGAUGACUACUUAGUUGAGCUAUCAAAUUAUUUGUUCAACUGUGAAGAUGAUGAAGAGCCGCUUUUCGUGGGCCCUGAUGGAAAUGAGAUGAUUGAUGAGUCUUAUUUUGAUGAUUUCAGCUCAUUCUUGUUGGAUACUCCUGAUGACACUGAUAAUGGUGUAUCUGAAAUUUCAAAAGCUCCAGAUCAGCAGCUUCCCGUCCCUGACGGUGCUCGUCCCGGAGAGUUAAGUGACAAGCCUGUGAAUCAUUAUGGUGAUAAGCCUCUUGUUUGCAGUUCAGAGGUUCAAAUGAUAUCUUCUGCAUUGUCUGUCAAUCCUGCUUUUCCUGAAAUGCGUGAUGGAGUUAUCUGUUGUACGUUAAACACUGAGGUCGGAGAGGUUCCUACCAAUGAUGAUGUUUUUCUUCCUGUUAGAAUGCCGUCAAUAUCUUCUCCAUUGAUGGAACAUCAUACAUGUGUUAAGACUUAUCGUCCGGUGUCCUCUGUCAAUGGCUUCAAAAGAAUGAACUGAUAGGUGAUGAAAAUGUCCUUAAGAAAGCAAUUGCACCAGAAUCAAGUGCAAACAGUAUACCAUCCAAUUGCAAAGACUUUCCUAUUGAGAGUGAUUAUUCUGGUAUAUGAAUUGUAUUUUCCUCACUGUCCAGAUCCUUGAUAUGGAUUUGAGCUCAAAUGGCCAGGAUCUGUGUUCUAGUAAGAGAGUCAUGAAUUAGCAGUUUGAAGAGUGUAAGAGGACAAUUAUCAGGAUGAAGGAGGCAGCUGUUGCUUGUACACAAAUAGCUCUUGCUGUUCAAGGAGCAUUACCUGUUAUACAUGACCGGUCACUCAAAGUAUUUGUGAAAACCUGAAGUAUGGAAAACUUAUCUAUUCUUACCAAAUUAUGGGAUACUGUCAUAAAAUGCUUCACAUAUCUGGCUUUUGCAGUUUUGGAAGUAAAUAACUUAUCAUAGUGGACUGAAAUUUUUGACUGCAUAAAGAACAUUGUGUUUAUCUGGACUAGAAAUGCUACAUUGUACAGGGUUGUGAUUGAUAUUUCUAAUUCCAGCAGUGUACGAUUGCAAAUUAUUAAUUAGGUGUGCAGAACUUUUGGGCGUAACUGUACAGCAACAAAACCGAAGAAAUGGAAGGGACUAGUGAGCAUCAUAUUAUAUUUCUUUUGCAAGAUGCACAUGCAAAACAAGAUUUCAUACAGUUUGACUGAUGUAACACAUAAACAUAUUAUGAUGGCUAGGGAACGGAACAGGAAGUCUAGAUAACUGGAUUGCUGAAGAUUACAAGUGUUGAUUCCAUCACUGACAGUACUAAAUGAGUGGUUUCAAUCAAUCUUCCAAAUAAUGUUGCAUUCUUUUCGUUCAUAAGGAUUCAAAAAUUUUACUUAUGGCUUCAGGUCUUACUGGGAAGAGCGACCAGCGACCGAAGAUAUUAAAGUUGACAUUGACUUGGGCAGAGAGGGUCUUGAUACUAAAAUUUCGCAGCAGCAGGCAACUAUAAGAUGGACGUAUGUGGACUGUUCUACUUGCAGAGCGUUGGUAAAUAUUCAAUUCAUGUGAGUGUCAAAGAAGUUCUUCCUAAACAGAGCUAAACCUCAACUCUGGUUCCUUAAUUGCGGUCGGAGAAAUUGUAUUAACGUUUGAGAUGAAUCAAAAUCGAAUACAACAGUAUAUAGACAACUUGAUGAGAAACCAAAGGAGAAAUAACAAAGCUUUUUUGAUGACUCAGAAGGUGCUAAUUAUUUUCUAUUGCAAUAGCUGGGGACUAUAACAUAUGCUAUCCUGCUUACUUUUCGCUUUUAUUUGUUUAUUUGUUUAUACCUUUCCCCACCACCAUCCCUCAACUGCAAAUUUUAAUUAGAGGGAUCUUUACACAAAUAGCCGGCCAUAUUCAUAACUUUUUCUGUUACUAUGAAAUGAUAGAUAAAGUUAUUUGCAUGUAUAGACUUUAGGAAUUUUAAUGGGUCGUAUCCUAAGUAUUUUCCCAACUGCUUUUGGAACAUCUUUAGGUGCAUCUAGCUAUACUGGAGCAG